UCGCGUGCGAACGUCGUUUCCCGGUGGUCCCGCGUGGGGAAGGCGGGUUGCACGCUCCGGUGGUCUCUGCCUUCCUUCCUUGCAGUUAAGCUCGCUCUUUCCCGCCAGGCACGCUCAGCAGUGUGUGCUUCUUUCUUUCAACAAAUCACGAAUAAAAGAGUUACGCAUGUAGUUCGGGAUUACGCGCAGAGUCAGGGGCUACGGCACGAGGACCUCAUGCUCCCUUUCCAAGGCGCGAGUCCGUAGAGACCGUGCGACGGCUCACGGGAACUAUGUGACCAGCGCGAGUACGCAGGGGUGCGCGAACGCUACCGAAGCACAGUUCCAGUUCCAGGCUGACUUCCCACCAUGAUCCCCCCGGCCAGCGCGGCGCAGAGCGGCGACUGUCCCGGCAGGGCGGACGUAGGCGAGCAGGCGCACCUGGCCCAGGACAGCACGAGUCAGCACGAGUCUAAGCUACAGAAGCUGAAGCGCUCGCUCUCCUUCAAGACUAAGAGCCUCCGCAGCAAGAGUGCCGACAACUUCUUCCAGCGUCCCAGUUCCGACGCGAAGCUCCGCGCUGAGCUCCUGUCCGAGGUGAGCGGCAGCACGGGCCACCUGAGUGCCGUGGGCGUGUCCCUGACGGCCCCGCCCUGCGUCGCCGCCUCCCCCCCGACUCCGCCCCCGCCGGUACCAUGUGGCGGGGUUCCUCUGACCAUCUGCUCGCCAUCGCGUGCCCCCCGGCCCACCGAUCCCACGGCACACACCUUCCUGGAGCACACCUUUAAGAAGCCGCACUUCUGCGACGUCUGCAACCACAUGAUUGUAGCUUGCCAAGGUGGAGCAGGCAAAGUUUUCGGCCCCAACGCCAAGCUGGGACUCCGGUGCAAGGCCUGCAAAAUGGGCAUCCAUCACAAGUGUCUGGACGGGGUGGGACAGCAGAGAUGCAUGGGCAAGCUGCCAAAAGGCUUCAGGAGGUACUCCAGCUCCCCCCUCCUAAUCCAGGAGCAGUUCGGCUGCAUUAAGGAAGUCAUGCCCAUUGCGUGUGGCAGUAAGGUGGACCCUGUAUAUGAGACGCUGCGCUUUGGGACGUCUUUGGCCCAGAAGACCAAGAGAACCAGUGGCUCAGAGUCACCCAGAAACUCUACUAGUGACCUGGCUCAGGUUCCAGAAGAGGCAGCUGCUCACACCAGUCACGCAGAACUCACUAGGAAGCACAGCGACAAUGUUUUUACAUCUUUGGAGAACGGAACAGAGAACUUCACCGUGGAGGAGAAGAAGCCAGAAAACACGCCGAAGGAUCUCUUGCAGCUCAACACGUGUGUGGCCUUGUACAGAUUCAACCCUCAGGACAACCAGGACUUGGAAAUGAGGCCGGGUGAUCGAAUAAUAGUGGCAGAUGAUUCAAAUGAAGAUUGGUGGAAGGGUGUGAUAGAUGACCGCAUAGGUUUCUUCCCAUCAUCUUUUGCGCACCAAGUGAAGCCAGGUGAUCGGGUGUUCCGCUGCAACAGAACAUUCAUUGGCUGCAAGGAGCAAGGCCAAAUCACCCUGAAAGAAGGACAGAUCUGCGUGAGCUGUGUGGACGAGCACAACGGCUUCAUCAGAGUAGCCAGUGGUAAGAAGAGGGGCUUCGUCCCCUGCGACGUGCUGGAGAACGUCUGAGGAGCGAGAACUUCUGCAGGAGCUGGAGAGGUCGGAGAGAGAGGGAAGGACCACAGGAGAGGAGCACAGAGGUCCGGAGGAGGACCUCCGUGCCGAGGACCGGCGACACGGUUGUCCGUGCCAUCUCCAGUCCGGUCUGGACAAACAAAUCGGGCAUCUGCAGUGACACCUAAGAGUCACUGAGCUGCCAGGGGUUGGACCCACACCACAGAGGCGUGCAAACAUCUCCGGCGAGGACACAAUUAAUCCAUCUCUUUUCCAUCCAUCCCUCUGUUACAGGGCGACCACAGGAAGUGGAAUCGGACGUGAAUCGCUAAGACCGAAACUUUUCCAGGUCUGAUUUAUCUAUAAUAACAUGAACAGAAAACUUCUCACUGGUUUUCUUUGAGUUUUUUUUUUUUUUUUUUCUGCUAUCGCAACAGCGUUUGAAAGUUUUUAUUCCUUUGAUGUCGGAUGACUUUUCACUCCUCUAAAAAGGCAGUCCCAUGUCAACAUGAAGUGCCCUCACGGAAAGAAUAGCGCAGAUUCCUCAAGAAUUGGACAAGGGAGUAUUUUUAAAAGCGGAGAGUAACGUGGGCACAUUUUGUUGGACAGAAAAUUCCCCUCUGAAGGAAACCACACGUUCCCAUCACAGAAUAUGUUUUAAAAAAGACACGAACAACAUUUCAUAACGAAUGAUACCAGGCCGUGACCUGACAGAGCACAAAGCUGAACUUUCACAUGUGGCUGGAAAUUAGAAGUCCUGUAUGAAACGGUGUUUGUCGGGCAUCAGGAACGUGCUGUACACUUCCUGUGUGUGACGCUUUUGACUUUAACUGCUAGACAGAAAUGACAAUAUUUAAGUUACAAAAUAUCUGCUGUUCUGGUAGAAUUAUCACAGGAAACGUUUGAAGAAGCAUCAGCCAUUUUAUCUGAUAUUAACAUUAGCGUAAAAUCUUUCUUUAUCUGAUAAGACUUUAUAAAUUCAGGUAUUAUGGUUUCUGGUGUUUAAGGUGACUCGGAUUAGAUAACACUGCAGUGCUGUUUAGUUCAGCUCACUGUAACACUGGUGAGACUACAGUGCUGUUUAGUUCAGCUCACUGUAACACUGGUGAGACUACAGUGCUGUUUAGUUCAGCUCACUGCAUCACUGGUGAGACUACAGUGCUGUUUAGUUCAGCUCACUGUACCACUGAUGAGACUACAGUGCUGUUUAGUUCAGCUCACUGCAUCACUGGUGAGACUAUAGUGCUGUUUAGUUCAGCUCACUGCAUCACUGGUGAGACUACAGUGCUGUUUAGUUCAGCUCACUGCAUCACUGGUGAGACUACAGUGCUGUUUAGAUCAGCUCACUGUACCACUGGUGAGACUACAGUGUGCUGCCAGUUCAGCUCACUGUACCACUGGUGAGAAUACAGUGUGCUGCCAGUUCAGAUCACUGCACCACUGACACCUUUUCUCCAUCCCUUUGAGGAAUACUUAAAGCAAAAAUGUUGAGAGUUUAGUUUUGUUCCUCUACACACAAGCAAUCAAAAUAAACAGGAAGAAGAAAAAAGACUAAGGGAGUUUCUAAAUAAAUAAUCUAAAUAACCUCAGAUUAAGCAGGAGGCGAGAUGCAUGUGUUGAGCAGGUUUUUUAAGAAUAAUUUAAGAGACCUUAAAUUCUUAGAAAACACUGCAUGGACCAUGAAAACGGAGCAGAAGAAUACAUUACAGUUAUAAUAUACGAGUUUAUACGACUACAGAUUCUAAUGAGCCAAUCAGUUUGCUGCAAUAUAGUUAAUAAUUGGAGGGAGGGGCCAGGGCAGAGCUAGAGGAGGGUAGGCCAAUCUAGAGGGACUACACCUAGGGUGGAACCUCCCCUACUGGAGUCUCUGCAUUUAAGAUAAACAUACAAAAAAAUAGGAAUACGGCACAAUUGAGCUGUGUGUUGUAUAUUUUGUAGUCACUAGCAAUUCAUUGAACAGCUAAUGUGUAGUUUGGUCAUCACACCUGAGUUCCAGGUAAAGGGGGCAGAGGUAGAAGGUGUGCAGUACUGAAUGUCUCGAUACCUCUGGAAUAUAAUAUUAAACACGUUUUUAAAAAGGAGCGUGAACAAAACAGCUGCUAAAGGAAAGAUGACAACAGCCAGUAAGCAGACUGGAUAAAACUUACUGGUUUCCACUAGCUUUACUGGGUCAUUAGCCCUGUUAGCCUUUUUGAGAGAUUUAUUCCUUCGGUAUAUAAGAUACAGCGCAUUUAUCUGGUUCCAUCAGUCUGUUCUCUGAGCUGCUUAGCACUGAGGAAGGGUUUGUGGGUAAUUAUGGCAUUGUACAUAUUGUAUGCACAGAAUAAAAGUCUAUUUCUUGAUGGAUGGGGUGGAACGCCUGUUUGCACUGAGCUGGAUUAAACCUCCCACUGUGACGCUGAUUAACAUAAAACCUACUGUAGCCAAUUAAUUACUUAAUUAGCUCACUUUAGUGAAAAAGUUCAUUAGCCAGUAAAUGAUCCAAUAAAAUGGGGAGCAAAAGAAAUUA